AUGCCCUACAAGCAGAAUCACAUCCAUAACUCACACAGCAAUAACAAUAUUAAUAGUCAGAAUACUUGUGUAUUUAAUUUUACGGAUGUAAGGCUACCGAAAGAAGUAGAAAAAAUACUAAACCUAGAACCAGGAUAUGGUAUUCCAUUAAGACCUAAAGAAGUGCCAGUAGGCACUUUAAUAAAAGAUCUAGAAAAAGGCAUAAAAAAUAUUAACAUCGAAAAUGUUGACACAAAAAUAAUAAAGGAUGAACAAAAUAAUGUAAGGUCAAAAGCGAAUCCGAACUUAAUAAUAACAAGAUCGGAUAAAGGAAACAACACAGUUAUCAUGAAAAAGGAGGAAUACAUCAAAGAAAUGAAAAAACUGUUGGAAAAUAGAAACACCUACAGUAUAUUAAGCAAGGAUCCUACCAACAAAUUUGAAAAAUUGGCGAAUAAUUAA